CUCCAUUAUCAGGGGCCUGCAGAAAAUUGUCUUCCCCAAGCAAUGGAAACAUGCUUAUGGUGCUGGCAUAUAAUUGAGCUGAAACAGCGGGGAUUACAGAACAAUCAAACCACUUUUAAGCCCAUCCGUAUAAAUCGCUCCUUCCCACGCAGAAUGUUCUUUUUAUGCAGUGACCAUGUCGACGCUGCCAGGGGCACUUUCGGCGUGCAAAAUCCCCGCCGUUGACGCAUAUCCACAAACACCCGGCAGUCACUUCCCCUUUUCCCAUCUCAACUUAGCAACUGCCAUUGGCCGCCGGAGCGUCGGCCUUUCAUCCCAUUCUUCGAGGAAGGUUCCAGUUCGUGCUGUCAUCCUCGAGGAGCCCAAGUCCCAUCUGGUUGCGUUCUUGCCCAGCCUCACCGACCGUUUCCGGCUUGGGAGUUUGUCGGAAGACGGCUUGUCUUAUAAGGAGAAGUUCAUUGUUCGCUGCUAUGAGGUCGGAAUUAACAAAACUGCCACUAUUGAAAGCAUUGCCAAUCUACUGCAGGAGGUGGCAUGCAACCAUGCUCAAAGUGUAGGAUUUUCAACAGACGGGUUUUCAACCACACUUACUAUGAGAAAACUGCAUCUAAUAUGGGUCACUGCUCGCAUGCAUAUUGAGGUUUAUAAAUACCCUGCUUGGAGCGAUGUUGUUGAGAUAGAAACUUGGUGCCAGAGUGAGGGAAGAGUCGGUGCAAGACGUGAUUGGGUUCUCAAAGACUAUGCAAAUGGUGAAGUCAUCGGAAGGGCUACCAGCAAGUGGGUGAUGAUGAACGAGGACACGAGACGGCUUCAGAAAAUCACUGAUGAUGUGCGUGAGGAGUAUCUAAUUUAUUGUCCCAUAACAACUAGGUUAGCUUUCCCCGAGGCAAACAAUACAAGUCUAAAGAAAAUAGCUAAGCUGGAGGAUCCUGCCCAGAGUUCCCGAUUGGGACUGGUGCCAAGAAGAGCUGACUUGGAUAUGAACCACCAUGUGAAUAAUGUCACCUACAUUGGUUGGGUUCUCGAGAGUAUGCCUCAAGAAGCCAUUGACACACAUGAACUACAAACUAUCACAUUAGAUUUCAGGCGUGAAUGCCAACAAGGUGACGUGGUUGAUUCCCUUACAAGCCUUGACAAGACCGUUUCAUUAGAACCAUCAAGAACUGAUGGACAGCUUACUAAUAUGGCCAGUAAAACAGACAAGUGCUUCUUACAUUUACUGAGCUUAUCUGAUAGUGGACUAGAGAUAAAUAGAGCCAGGACAGAGUGGAGAAGGAAGCCUCCCCAACAAUAGUGUUAUAGAGUUUGUUCAAUCGGAGAACACCCUUGUCCUGUCCUUUGAUUGUUGUUGUAAAAUAAGCCCUGUACUUUAGCCCCCCUCCCCCUCUUCCUUUGUUGUGGACACAUUGUGCUUGAAACAGGUAUCUUUAAAUGUGUAGUAAAUUAUUUAGUUUGUGUUAAAAUAAAUAUAAAUACUUACCCCCC